AUGGCGGAGGCGAAUAUGGACUGCUUUUUGACCAUGACUUUUAUAAAGCCAACUAUUCGACUGCAGAUCCUACGAAAGGAUUAUAGCAACAAGUUCCAGCCCUUUCUAGUUAAUACGACCAUUGCCUUAUGCGACGUAAUCGAAAGAAGAAGCUAUAUUCCGUACGGCGUCAUGAUUUGGAAGCAGCUAAAACGAUAUUCCAAUGUGAAUCAUUCCUGUCCCUUUUCGGGACAUUUAAGUUUACGAAAUGCAUAUAUGCCCACGGAACUGUUUCCACCGUUUCCACUAGGCCUCUACCAAUUCCAUUUUACGUUCUUGGAUUCCAAUUCCACCAACCACAAAUAUGUGGGCAUUGUGAAAAUGUUUUUUCAAGUCAUGGAACCGAUAAAAAGCAAGAAACGACCAGUGUCUAAAAAUUAA